AAUAUCAGUUUAGCUUGGCACCUCGGAUCGCAAACAGGUUACUGCCGCAAUGCGGGAACUACAAAAGCUGGGAACGUUUUGGCUUGCCGCUUUCAUACUGAUAGGCAGUUGUUUCACUUAUGCCAAGCCGGGCACCUACGUCAGUGACUUUGUCUUUCCCACGGAGGAGAGUCACAAACCCCGCGAUUGGGAACAGGUCACAGAAGAUCAAUCUUCCGAACCGAGAGACUUCAAUGGGAAUAUUAAAAGUCCGGACAAGUGCAACGAACUACAUGUGGAUGAUUCGACAGGAAAUGCUUGUAUGAUCUUCAUCAGCUACAAGAAACUGGAAGAUCCCCUUGAAAGUUUGAAGAGGGCUCUAGUUGAGGAGCUCAAUCUUCCGGAACUCGUUUAUAGCGUACGGGUUGUGAAGCGCGGAAAACAUCGUUUGGUUUUCGAACUGCCAAGUGCCAUAGAUGCCCUUCUGGCUUUGAAUGGCUACUGCAAUUUAUAUAAAAAUCGACAUGAUCGCAGUUAUGAGAUCCUCAGUGUUGAGAAUUGAUAGAUUGAUUACCAAAGAAUUUCAGAGCUAGAUGAAUUGUGUAACUUUACUACAUUCAAGCAAGUACCUAAAUAAAAUCUAUAUACAUCUAUUAAGUUCUAUAAACCUUGGUAAAGCCAAACAAUUACUAAUGAAGCCAUAUAGAGUGGUUCUAAAAAUUAUAGACUAGCUUAUAAACCAGCUUCAUAGUUUGCUAAAGUUGAUUGUUCUAAUAAAACACUCUAUUUAAAUA